CAAACACAUAUCUUUAAAGGCCUUUGGACAGACAGGAUGAAGACUCGAGCCAAAGGAACUGCGCGAACUGCUGCUGAGGCAAAUGAGGCCACAGAAGUGACAACCGCAAAGGUUCAAUUGGGCCCCGAAUCGCCAAACCCCCCUCAGCUCUUCAUAUUACCAGAGGGUAUCAGCACGGACGCACGAAUCAUUUCUCUCACCAAUCCCAGGUAUCUUUCAGAAGAUAGAUAUGUUGUCUGUCCGGAGCGUGGGUUCUACGAAUUCAGGGCGAUUGCGGCGCCCAAGAGAACUCCCAGAAGUUGGCUGCUUUCUCGACCGGAGGACGAGGUGCCACCAUUACAGAGUGGAGAGGAUACGACAGAGACGAAUUUAUCGAAAGGAUAUGUCACUCGAGGGGCAGACUUAUUUAUUGCAACUCCAAUUGAUCCCCUAUUCUUUCUGCUACCAGCACUCGCUCCUGAGUCGAAAAGUUCAGGGACCGCAAAAAGAUUGUUCCUCUCCAGCGAUGACUAUCUCGAGAAAACCACGAGUGCAUCCCCCGCCCUUGGUAACUUUUUGAGAAUAGAAAAGUUGCGUGGUUUAUUAGAAAGGAGGAUGGCAGCUGUAUGCGAGACGGUCGAAGCUGGAGAUGAGACUAUGUACAGACUGGACGAAGAGAGGCUAUUGAAGGAAUUAUUACAGAAGGCAAAGAAUAUGGCUGAGAGAGGACUACCGGCAAGCAUGGAGGAGAAGCUAGUAAGAAAGCCUCUUGAAGCACCAAUGCUCAGUAUAAAGAGAGAGGAAAGCUCAUUACAAGAAUCGGCAAGUGGGGACGUUCCACCAGCAACGUCCGAUGUCUCGACUCCUCUUUCAGAAACUCCAGAUACCCAAACAAGUGUAUCGUCUACGGACAGUGCGACAACUUUAUCCUCUGAGGCAUCAACAGUAGCUACGAGCUUUUCUGGAGAAUCCACGGAUCCUGCCCCGUUAUUGGAAUCAAAAACAGCCACACCCCAAAUCGACGCCCCUGAAGGUGUUGCAGACCUAUUACGGCUUCGUACAGCCUUGGACUUCAUCUGCUCGAAUUAUAUCGCACCUCAUAUCACAGAGAAGCUGAAGUUGAUGCUUUCUUCUACCACGGCUACUACGGAUUUUGGCCCGCUAGAUCAACAUCUUGCACAUCUAACGAAGUUGCGCCAGGAAGCGUUAGCUGCAAGAUCACUUGGUGACUACUCGCGGAAAAGGGCGAUGAAUGAAGACGACGAAGACUUAGAAGCUCGGGCAGAGAAGAAAAGAAAGGUGGAAGAGGAGGAGAAGAGAAAGAAAGCAGGAGAGAGUCAAGGAAUCAAGAAAUUGAAGAAGGCAAAUAUCAGUGGAAUGAAGAAGAUGAGUGAAUUCUUCAAAAAGAAAUAAUGCACUUCAUUAGCAAAGUCAGGCGUCUCGGAAGGACAUUGGAAAUGAUACCUCUAGGUAGAGGCUUUGGGAUAUCACGCGUGUUAGGUUGUAGAAUAAAUCAAUAAUUUAGCCAUAAAUUUCGUAAUUUAUCGUACUCCUCGUGCUCUGCCUCUUGUACCACCAAUGCCCCUCCCUAUACCACUCCGUCCUGCUGUUGAUUGAUACGUGCCACGAGGUGCUGGCAAGCUGCUCGACCC